CUGACUUGUGUCAGUUGCUUUAACAGCUCCUGCAUGGCACUUGACUGUCUCUUCAGCUCAGUAGAUGGCUUAACCCAGGACAUAAAUGGACAUCCCUUUACCUUAACCAUGGAUGUGGAGAAGUUCAUUUAUCUCCUGUUGGCUCUUCUUCAAGGCACCUGCGGAACAGGGUUAAGCAGCACUUUCCUAUCCUCUGAAGACUCCUCUCUGGCAGAUGCUACAGGUGCUCAUCAGUCCUCUGGUGCCCCCUUGAGGCCACGCAGAUUUAAACGCUGUUCAUGUUCUUCACUUAUGGAUAAAGAAUGUGUCUACUUCUGCCACCUAGAUAUCAUUUGGAUAAACACUCCAGAAAAAACAGUGCCUUAUGGACUUGGAGGUCCUCGCCUAAAACGUUCACUGCAAGACACAAAGACUGAGAAAGUUCUUGAGUCUGCUAGCAGGUGUAUCUGUGCCAAGCGUGAGGACAAGAAAUGCCUGGACUUCUGCCAAAGUGCUGCAGAUCUCAGUAUCCAACCUUCCACAGAGAAAGAAACUGGCCAGGUUCAGAAAGGCAAAGUCUGCAAAGGACUCCUCUGGGGAGCACGGUGUGUUGAAAAACUUCAUGCUGACUCCAAAAGAACGGAGUCCAUCAGGCAAGCCAUCAAAAGUUCAUACGUCUUUGCCAGCCUACUAAAGAAGCUUCAAGAGAUGAAAGAUGAGACGCGUCCUUGGGCACAUAGAAAGAGAGGAAUUUGGAAACAUACGAUAACAACAUCAUAGUUGAAGCGGUUGAGAACUGUCGCCUUUUUUCCAUAGUGUGGGAGACAUUACUGUCAGUGAACGUGUUCAGUGCGCACAUUUUGUUUUUCUUGGUGGCGAAGUGCACUUAAUAUAUGAAGAUAUAAAGUAGAAGAUCUGGAACUAGCAUCCAGCUUCGAGAUGGACAUGUCAGAUGGAUGAGGAGGCAAAAAUCUUUGCUGCAAUAAUGCUGCUGGUUAUGGAGAUGAAUGCCACAGGAACGUCUGUGUUAGAACAGAAUUUUUGAAUAACCUGCCAAACCACAUUCAUUGCUACUGACACUGACAGUAAAACACUGGAAUAUAAUAUUGAAAAUUACAUGCCUUAUUCUACAUGAAAUGCUGCAUAUGGAUAUAUGUGCAUUGCAGAUAGACUAUUAAAGCUAUGCCAUUGUUUGUGGACGUAUUACAUAUCACAUACAAGUCUACCUCAGGUUUACUCCUUCUGAAGGGCUUCAUUCCUGCCUAUAUUUUAGCUUGUCCUUGACCUUAUGCCUUAAAGGGGUACGCCGGUGGAAAACAUUAUUGUUUUUUAUUUUUUUUUUAAAUCAACUGGUGCCAGAAAGUUAAACAGAUUUGUAAAUUACUUAUGUUAAAAAAAUCUUUAUCCUUCCAGUACUUAUUAGCUGCUAUAAACUGCAGAGAAAGUUAUUUUCUUUUUGGAUCUAGAUGGGCCGACUAGAUGGGCCAAAUGGUUCUUAUCUGCCGACACACAUUCUAUGGAUCUCUUUUUUUUUUUUCCUGUCCACGGUGCUCUCUGCUGACACCUCUGUCCGUAUCAGGAACUGUCCAGAACAGGAGCAAAUGCCCAUAGCAAACCUAUGCUGCUCUAGACAGUUCCUGAUACAGACAGAGGUGUCAGCAGAGAGCACUGUGGACAGAAAAAAAGAAAUCCAAAAACAAAA